AGUUCAUUUAUGUGCAGGGGCUGAGUGAUUGACUUUAUCAGUCCAAGGACAUCAUUCGUUCGCAAACCGGGGGAAGUUUGAUCCUCUUCUCGUAAGGAUCAGUUUCGGGAGUCCGCGCUCCCCCGCGCAUCGCGAGGAGGAUUGUCACUUCAUUUUUUACUGCUUUUUGGUCUCUAAAUUGUGCAUUGCGCUCCCGAAGAGGCAGCAGCGCAGCGGCGGCAGCAGCACAAAGUUACUUUUGCUCGCUGUUGUUUAGGAGCAAUCCGCCAAUCUGGGUUUUUAAACUGUUUUUGUUUUGCUCCUUGUUUUUGUUUUCUUUAUUUCUUUUCCUUCUUCCUCCGGUCCCCAUGACCAUGCUUCUCGACGGGGGUCCGCAGUUCUCGGCGCUCGGAGUUGGGGGCUUCGGGACGCCGAGGCACCACGACUUGGGGAACCGAGACCCGGGGCUGGGGCUCAGCCCCUUCGGAGAUUCCUCCCACUCGGCCGCUUUCAAGCUCAACCCCGUGACCCACGACAUCGCCUCCAGCCAGACGUCCGCGUUCACGCCGCAGGCGAGCGGCUACGCUGCGGCCGCGCUCGGGCACCACCACGGCGGCCAGGUGGGCUCGUACGGCGGCGGCGCCUUCAACUCCACACGAGACUUUCUGUUCAGGAACCGCGGCGCCGGCAUCGGGGAGCCAGCGGCCGGCGGCGCUCAGCAUGGGAUCUUUGCCACUUCCGCGGGGAGCCUCCACGGACCGCCCGGGAUCUCCGACAAUCCGGGCCACCUUCUGUUCCCCGGACUGCACGAGCAGAGCGUGAGCCACGCGUCGCCGGGCGGGCACGUCGUGAACGGCCAGAUGCAUCUGGGUUUGCGCGGGGAUCUCUUCGGAAGACCCGACCCCUACCGUCCCGUGGCCAGCCCACGCGCGGACCCCUACGGCGCAGCCCAGCUGCACAACUACAACCACCCCAUCAACAUGAACGUGGGCAUGAACGUGCCCGCGCACCACGGCCCGGGCGCUUUCUUUCGUUACAUGCGGCAGCCCAUCAAGCAAGAGAUGUCCUGCAAAUGGAUAGACGAGACCCAGGUGAACAGACCGAAAAAGACGUGCGACCGGACCUUCAGCACCAUGCACGAGAUGGUGACGCACGUGUCCAUGGAGCACGUCGGCGGGCCCGAGCAGACGAACCACAUCUGCUACUGGGAGGACUGUCCGCGCGAGGGCAAGUCCUUCAAGGCCAAAUACAAGCUGGUGAACCACAUCAGGGUGCACACGGGGGAGAAGCCCUUCCCCUGCCCCUUCCCCGGCUGCGGGAAGAUAUUCGCGCGGUCGGAAAACCUAAAAAUACACAAAAGAACUCACACAGGUGAGAAGCCCUUCAAGUGCGAAUUUGACGGCUGCGACAGGCGCUUCGCCAACAGCAGCGACCGCAAGAAGCACAUGCACGUGCACACGUCGGACAAGCCGUACAUCUGCAAAGUGUGCGACAAGUCGUACACACACCCCAGCUCUCUCAGGAAACACAUGAAGGUACAUGAAUCCCAAGGAUCAGAAUCAUCUCCAGCUGCAAGUUCUGGAUACGAGUCAUCCACGCCGCCCGUUCUGGUGUCCACGAACACGGAGGACCCGACAAAAUCGCCCCCGCCAGCCGUGCAGAACCCCUCAGCCCACAGCGACGCACUUCCACCCAACUUUAACGAAUGGUACGUCUGAAACUGAAUAAAGCAAACAAACAAACUAAAAAAAAAAAAACAAAAAGAUUUCCAGAGUGGAUCGUGGGGUUUCAGGAGACCUUAAAGCAGCCCCCACCGAGGUGUACAGAAGUGGGACGUGGAGCAGCAGUGUGAGGAGGUGUGAUGAUAACACGUCUCCUGCCAACAGGCCUCGUCCUUUCUCAGGAUUCCAAAUCUGACUUUUCUUCCAACGCCGAAGAAAUCAAACAAACAAACAAACAAACAAAACCUAAAUAAAAUAUUUCUUUAACAAA